AUGAAGUCUUCUCCUUCAUCCCAUGUAGACCAUCUUGGAUCUCUCAUUCGACCCAAAUUGCUCUUCGACCAGCGUGUUUUGUUGGAGCAAGGAAAAUGCUCCAGAGGCGACCUGACGCCAAUUGAGGAUGCUGCUGUUGCUCAUGUUGUUCGGCUUCAGCGCUCUUUGGGUCUGGCAACGAUUACCGAUGGCGAAAUGCGGCGGGAGAUUUUCUACGAGGGCGUCUUCGACAAGUUGGAUGGUGUUACUUGUCGUUUACGCCCAAUGUCAGAGUUCAUGAACUACUGGCCACAUAUCCAGGCAUUCAGUGCCAUGGGACUUACAGAACUCACAUCAUGUUUUUGCUCUGGCAAGAUUAGACGGAACAAGCCCAUCAUGACUGAGGAGUUCGAAACACUGAAGAGACUGGUGCCGCGCAAGGAAGUUGGACGUUUGAAGAUUACGAUGUGCCCCCCGACGUGGUUUCAUACGCUCCAUGGAACACAUCUUACCUACGAUAAAUCUGUCUACGACUCUGAUGAGGAGUAUUUCGCGGAUGUUGGCACAGUUUAUCGUGCAGAGUUCAAAGCCCUAUAUGCAUUGGGAUGUCGUAACAUCCAACUGGAUGAACCCACCUUCACCUCUUUCUGUAACGAUGAAGUCCUGAGGAACAUACAGACAGCAGGAAUCAACCCUGACUCCUUACUGGACUUGUACAUCCAUGCGAUAAAUCUUUGCACUAGAGAUCGACCACGUGAUCUCAACGUCGCUAUUCACUUAUGUCGUGGAAAUUUCGCCGGAGGACUGCCUUUUACCUCCGGAAGCUAUGAGAACAUCGCGAAGAAGCUCUUCUUGAAUCUGGACGUGGACACGUUCUAUCUAGAGUACGACGACGAACGCUCUGGAAGUUUUCUGCCUCUGCGCUUUGUCCCACCGACCAAGAAAGUCGUGCUGGGGAUUGUAACGACUAAACAUGCCGAGCUUGAGAACCCCGACUUUCUCAAGGCACGCAUUGUCGAAGCUGUUCAAAUCCUAGUGAACGGAGCGCCUCCCCGCGCGCCCGAGGUUGCUCUCGCUCAGCUCUCGAUCAGCCCUCAAUGUGGGUUUGCUUCUUCGUGGAAAGGCAAUCCUGUUACGGAGCAAGAUGUUAGAGCCAAGAUUGGACUGCUUCAUCAGGUGGCUCUUGAUGUCUGGGGGGCCUCGGAGCAAGUAGCUCAAAUGGCACGACUUUGA